AAAUUGUGUUAAUGGGAUUCUUUAGUUAAAAAGGAUAAUUUGAUAGAAAACUAUGCAAGUUUAGAGUCCUCCUCAGUGUAGGGGGUAUUAAUCUCCCUAUUGAAAGAACAAGUCCUCUGUCGCACAUACAGUAGCACUGUUCGAACUAAACAGUUUUUAAUAAGUAAUGCUUGAAUUGUACUUUCGGCGCUCGAGAUUUGCUUUUUGCCCGACGACCUUGCUGAAAAUUCCUUGGGGGGUGGGGGUCCAGAGAUCAUUUGCUUUCCGAACCCCACGCUAGCGCCGCCCGUGAGUGUGAGUAAAAUCAUAUUUUGUUUUUAAAUAUUGGCACAAACACAAAAGAAAAGUCUAUGAUAAUUAUUCAAUUAUUAUAAUCUAAUCUUCAUAGGCCCAUAGUCAUAAUUCGAAUUCGAAGUCAUGACUGAUAGAGCAGAUUUUGUGAAUGUUCCUGAUGUUUUGACACCAGUGGUUCUAUAAACCCAUGGGCCCGUCUCAGGCGAUAUGUUAUCAAUUAUAGUCGAGUGUUUUUUGAGUUAUUAAUAUCCGGAAAUGAAAUGUAGAUGAGGACAAUGGAGUUGGGGUUGGGGAUAACAAGUAGACCUAGACUAAACUCAAGAAACCAAUACAGCAUACAGUAGCCAUACUUCAAAACCACUUGUUGUGCGUCAAGACUACCCGACACACUUAACCGCGUGUUAUCUCAUGGUGCAUUCGUGUUUCAAAAAAAUGUUUACCAAGAAUUAAAUGAAGAGCUAAUUCAUACAAGCACAAUUAAGCAUAAUGUAUAUGUAAACCGUGGGAUAAUUUCUUAAUGGAGAACUGGGAACUGAUUCAGUUUACAUUUAUAUUUAUUCAGUUUGUACAAAAGCUCAUGCUUAUCUCACACCUUGCUAAGUAAAGCCACCAGUAAACAUAUUUAGAUAAACGCAAUACAAAAUCAGAUUCACUAGGCAAAGAACCUCUCGUAGUGGUACAGUACAUUUCCUGUUUUCUUCCUUCUUUUUAUUCUAUAACGCACUUAUUAAUUUACAUUGUCAACCUCUAACGAUCUACAAACAUUUUGUUUUAAAAUUUGGACGCGUGGAGACGUUCUGGCACAAUGAUGAGGUUUUGCUUUCAUUGAUUUCAAUGAAAUCAAUUGAAAUUCAUUAUCACAGCGACAGCACGUCUCGCAACUCGCACCUCAACUCUCGACCCUGAAGCUGACCAGUUUUGAUCAGAUUGUCGCCGAAAAUGUUAAUCGGAGUUCACUAUAGUGUUUGCAUUGAUGACAGCUAUAUAGAGAACUGCAAUAUAACAUUCUGCAAAUACACGUGAUACAUGGAUGGCAGUUUUAAAAAAUCUAAUAUUAUGUCGAAUUGCGUGUACCCAAGCCGGGGAGUAAGAAGUUCAAGAUUUGAAAACAAAUCCGGAGUAUCUGAUGACCUGUCGUAUUUCCAAGAAAUGCCCGAACUCUGUGACGUCAUCUUCAUCGUUGGUGACGAAAAAGAAACGAUCUGCGGCAUCAGGGCGAUAUUAGCUGCAAGAAGCAGAGUGUUCCACAAAAUGCUAUACACACAUUGUCGUUCAGAUAGUCCGAAGAAGAGAACUGUGAUAAGAAAAUUGCGAAAAAGCAACAGCGGAGAGGACUUCCCAGAAAUUAAUAACCCACGAACAGUAGUAAUAAAGGAGUUCGAUCCCGACGUGUUUCACCAAUUAAUUGAGUACGUUCACACGGGAUGUGUUACUUUACAGGCAGAAACGGUCAUAGGGUUAAUGAAUGCAGCUGAUCACUACGGCCUGGAUGAACUUCGUCGGGCAUGUAUCGGGUUUAUGCACUGUUGCAUCAAUGUAGACACUGUUUGCAUGAUCUUAUGUUCAGCUGAAAAAUAUAUCCAAUACAAGUCGACAAAAUCGCUCGUCCAAAGGGCUUUAGAAUUUAUCGAUGAAAAUGGUGAAGAAGUUUUGAGUUUGCCGGCGUUUACAACAUUACCAGAACACGUAGUCAGACUAGUAUUAACUCGUGAAGAAUUGCAAGCAGAAGAGGUGACGAAAUUCUAUGCGGCUGUUGGCUGGAGCAGGCAAAUGUGUAAACGCAGACCAGGAACAAAAUUGAAAGAAGCAAUGGCACCGUUUAUUGACUCAAUCGCAUGGCAUCUGAUUCCUGCUUCCAUACUAAUGAAAGACGUAAAGCAGUGUGGUGCUGUUUCAGAUCAGAAAAUCAUGAAUGCGCUUGCUUUCCAAGCUGAUCCAGAUUGUGUAGCGGAAAAUAAACUCACAAAAACAACUCCAUCUCGGCUAGGCAAACUCUCUCCACGUAGUCUUCGUAUUCCUAGCCUCAAUGAUAGUGGGUCUUCGUCGGGAUUGAAUCAAAGUACCUGGGAGGAUGAGCAUGCGCUCAAUAGCGACAGAUCCUGUGCAAUGUCUACGUCAUCAGAUUUGACGGAUACAAGUAGUUCGGGAGGGAGCUUUGGACGUGGAGACCAGAAGGAAGGAAGAGUUCUCCAAGUCUGAUAAAUUGUAUAGAUUUGACAAUUAAGUACACAAUGUAUAUUACUAUAUGUUAUAUUGCCUGUAUUAUGACUGCUGUCUCGUCGAGCCCCAGAACCUUAUUUGAGGCGAAUAAAUGAAGGAAAUGAAAUGAAA